AUGGCGAUUAGGAAUGCAGUCAGAGUUGUAUUUCCCGAAGUCAGACAUAGAUUAUGCGCUUGGCACCUUAUUCGAAAUGCAACUAGCAAUGUUGGAAGUCCAUCGUUUACAUCUAUAUUCCAAAAAAUUAUGUUGGGAGACUACGAGAUUUCCGUGUUUAAGCGUAAGUGGGUUCAGCUUAUUGAAGAAUUUGGCCUUGAGGAUAAGCCGUGGGUGAUCAACAUGUACGAAGAGAAGCAUAUGUGGGCUACUGCAUAUAUAAGAGGAAAAUUCUUUGCUGGCUUUAGAACUACCUCAAGAUGUGAAGGUUUACACUCAGUUGUUGCAAGGUAUGUGGGGUCGCGGCAUGAUUUGACAAGUUUCGUAGAGCAUUUUCAAAGGUGUGUUGCACACUUGCGCUUUAAAGAAUUUAAUGCUGAUUAUGAAUCUACACGUGGGGUGCCCGUUAUGCAGACUUGUAUAGAGCUGCUAGAGAGAUAUGCUGCUGAGUUAUACACUCAUGAGAUAUUUCGUUUCUUUCGGCCAUUUUUUUCUAGAGCUGGAUCAAUGCGGGUGCUAAACAUAGAGAAUAACGAUGAUUGCAUAAAGUACAUUAUGUGUAAGCAUGGGAGGCCCGAUUUUAUGUGGACUGUUGAUUUUCGUCAAGAAGAAAUGAUCUUCAUGUGUACCUGUUUAAGAAUGGAGUCAUUUGGAAUUCCCUACGAACAUAUUGUGAAAGUUAUGGUUGACAAAGACAUUUGUGAGAUUCCCCGGUCAUUGGUAUUGGAUAGAUGGACAAAAAAGGUUAAGUCAGCACUCAUUGAUCCAAGUGGGUUCACGAGGGAUGCUGUUAUUAUUAGUCGCCAAAGUGCCUUGAUAGAAUUUUCUAAAAAAUUGGCUGCUGUUGCUGCUAAAGUACCAGGGAGAUAUGAAGAGACACGUGACCUAAUUAUGGGAUUGUACUCAUCUUACAAGGCUGCAAACGAAGGCACUAAUCAACCUCAUUCAGGUGUAGCUAAAAGUAGCAAUCCGUAUGCUCAUCAAAUUGGUGUAGGCUCAGGACAACCAUCUAGGAAGAAGCGGCAACGUUGUAGUGUUUGUCAAAUGGAAGGACAUAAGAAGACAACAUGUCCUUGGCAAAAGGACAUUGACAACAAUGUUAUUGAAGAUGAAGCUAAUGGUUCAGAUGAUGGCGACGUAUAUUCAGUACCGACGGCUGAGUUAGAUAGUGAUAAUUAG